CAUAAGGAAGGAAGCGCCGAAUCAACCCGUUGUUCUGUUCUGUCUCUAUAGUUUUAUAUCUAUUCUUCUGCAUCACAAGUGCGCUCAUGCUCAUUGUGCUCAUAUAAGUAGUAAAAUACACAAUGUCCUUGUCAUGACUGUUUGCGAUUUGCUCGCAAAUGACAAAAAAACUCAAUCCAUUCAGAUUAUUCACAGCUAUAAGGAAUGCGUGUUACAUGUAACGGGGUUCCGUAUGGGGCGCAUACAAGCAGAGAAAUUAGCAUUUUCUCUAUGGGUAUACCAUACAAUAGUCAAGGAUUUCUGCAAGGGCACGGAGCUAUUGCUAUACCUCCAUGGUGUUAUCAAUAUGUGCUCAAUAGAGUGUAUGACUUAGGUCAUGCCAGUAACCUGAGCGUGGAACUGUGACCGAAUACACUAGACAUCGAUGUAGAGUGCAUGGUAGGCCCUAACUUGCAUGUUAGUGAAUGCCGUCAAGGCCAAAAGCGAGAUUGAGCUACGUUUAUUUGGAACAGCAGAGUCAACGUUGAUAUGCGACUGGCAGCAACAGGAAAUUUACUGUAAACGAUUUAGGUUGUCGCUCAUACUGCAAACCACACAAGUCAGCAUGGUACUUCUGUUGCUCAUAAUCGGCGCCGUGCUAGCCGGCCUACUGACACUGUUCAUAUACAUCAGACUGACCUACCCAGCUUUCUUCCACGACCUAUCCGAGUUUCUACUAAUUGCUCGCAAGGUGAUGGGACCAUCGGAGAAGCUGAUGCGCAAGGGGUUGUUUCAGGUGGAUGUAUUCGAGUCCUAUGCCAAGAGCCAGCCGGACAAGCCAUUCGUAUUGUACCAAGAUGAGAGGCACACUUACGCCGAUGUGGACCGCGCCGCUAACAAGGUGGCUAACUACCUCAGGAAAAGUAAGGCGGUGCAGUUUGGUGACAUUAUGGGCAUCUUCAUGCACAACGAACCGGCCUAUAUAUUCACGGUGAUUGCGCUUCUCAAGCUCGGAGUGACGGGAGCCAAUCUUAACAUCGGUCUGAGGGCAGACGCGCUCAUCAAUUGCAUCCGGGUCGGGAAAAUGAAGACGAUCAUCUGUGGCCGAGAUCCCGAUUUGGUGGAAGCCAUGCUGGCGAUCAUGGAGACGCUCAAGGCCCAAGGCAUCCAAGUGUUCAUAACCCAGAGCCCGGAAGCCGAGACCGUUCCAGAGGGAUUCCUUCCGGUUGACCUGACCUCGCCCCUCGCCUCGACCGAAGCAGUACCGCGUGACGUGCGUAAGGGCAGCUCGUAUUCAGACGCUGCUUUCUUUUUCUACACUUCAGGAACGACUGGAAUGCCUAAGGCGGCCCGAAUGCAGCAGAGGCGUUUCAUGAUUGGAGGGAGUUUAUUAAAGAUGUUCGGCCUGAGUUCAUCUGAUGUAGUGUACAUCUCGCUGCCGCUGUUUCAUAGUGCGGGCAUGGUCCUAGGUGUCGGCAAUGUCAUAUCGGCAGGUUGUACCAUGGCCCUGCGGACCAAGUUUUCCGCCAGCCAUUUCUGGCACGACGUGAGGCGAUACAAUGUGACUGUGGUCCAGUACAUCGGGGAGAUAUGCCGGUAUCUUCUGGCCCAGCCUAAGACCGACUCUGAGCUGGAACGCGGCCAUUCCGUUUGGCUGGCCUUCGGUAACGGUCUCUCCCUGGAUAUCUGGACGGAAUUCAAGGACCGAUUCAACAUCUCUCGGAUUGGAGAGUUCUUUGCAGCGAGUGAGGGGAACCGAGGAUUCAUGAACACGGACGGCACGGUGGGAGCCGUGGGCGCACACUCACCCAUAACCAAGUGGCUGGCGGAUGAUGUGGAGAUCAUCGAAUGCGAUUGGGAUACUGCUCAGCCAAUCAGAGGACCAGAUGGCAAAUGCAUCCUUCUGCCAAAAGGUAAAACGGGCCUGAUGGUCUCCAAGAUCACAAAAUCGAAUGUCUUUGAGGGGUACGUGGGAGGCACGGAAGCCGAUGAGAAGAAGAUUAUUCAUAAUGUCAAGGUGACCGGGGACAAGUACUUCAACUCGGGAGAUCUGAUGAUGAUUGACAGCAGGAACUAUGUCUUCUUCAAGGACAGACUUGGAGAUACAUUCAGAUGGAAGGGAGAGAACGUGGCUUCGUCCGAAGUCGCCGCCGUUUUGACCGAUCUGCCGACCAUCGCCGAGGCCAUUGUUUAUGGCGUCAAGAUACCAGGUUACGACGGAAGGACAGGCAUGGCGGCCAUCGUGCUCCUAGAUGGCGCCCAGGCACCAGACUGGAAGGAGGUAUACGCUCACGUGACGAAUCACCUGCCUCCUUACGCACGCCCCAAGUUCUUCCGGGUGAAAGGUCAAAUGCAGACCACCAUGACCUACAAGUAUCGCAAGCUGGAUCUUGUCAGGGAGGCGUUCGACCCAAAAGCCUGCGCAACGGACAGGCUGUUUUUCAUGGACGAUUCGCUGCAAACUUACGUCCCACUUGGAAAGGAAUUGUGUGACCAAAUUGUGAAUAAAGAAAUUCGUAUAAACUAAGACAGUGUGUUAUCUUGAGAGACCAAGGAAACUUAACUAUACUUAACAGUGUGAAACUCUUUAGUUGGUAAUAAUAUUACUCUAUGUGAAAAUUCGCUCUGAUUUCUCCCCCCCCCCCAAAAAAAAAAAAAAAACACCCCCUAAAUUUUGCUGUCGGGCGGCGAUUGAAGACCUUUAUUUUUGAUCAUGUGGCUGGUAAGCCGUAUAGAGCUCGGACGUUUGUAUGAAACUAUAUACAUGUAUUUCCAGAAAACCUUACAAUUCGUCAUAAAUGUAAAUGAAACUACGAGUCAAUCAUAGUUUGUACAGAAUAAAAGCCUGUGUUUAAACAUGGGGGUCAAAAAACGCUUUUUGUAGGUUAUAUUUUGUAGCAGUGACGUGUGAAGCGUCUCCAGAGAAUUUAAUAGCUAAUAUAGCUUUAGUAAAUCGUUCAAUACGAAUUUCUCCUCUCAUUGAAAUGGCGCUUUAAUGUGGUAAGAUUUAUUUAUUUUUGUACUUUUCAAUGCUUUAACUGCAGAAAUAAAAAAGAAAUCGAUGAACAGCAUUACGAUGUCUAAAGGUCGACUUUUUGGUUUAUAAGCUUUGUGUUUUUUUACCCAUAACUUUUUGGUAUUUAAGUUUCGUGACACAGAGUCGCAGUCAAGGUUUUCAUUCAACAAAGUUUCCUAAAAAAAAAAACUACUGUAAAGUGCCGCAUCAUUUGGCCUGAGCUAUUGCACACUACGUUACAACACAAGCCUAAGGUUUCAUCCACUCCUGAAAGUGAAAUUCACGCAAUUUGUAAGGACUUUGAGUUAUUAAGAUGUUCUAAUUCUGGAGGAAACGGCAGUGUUCAAAGUUGAUCUUUGUUUCACGGUAAUAACAACAAUUUUACUUGUAAAUAAUCCAGUUAUUAGCAAACCAUUUUUAAACCAUUAUAUUUUUGUAGCUGUACGUUUUAUAGUCCACUUUUCACUUUUCAACUUGUUUAAUGUUUGUGAGAUAGUAAGGUAAAUUGAAAAGUAGAGUUUACUUAAAAUACGUGGGAAGAUUUUGUCGUUUGUUGCCCGUUAUUUUUUUUUACUGGUACUGCCAGGAAAAUAAUUUAAAACAUGAAUCUAUUAGGCUAUUUGGGCUGAAACUCGAAAAAAGCAGACAAACUUCGAUUGAUAGGCCUAGUGUAUUGUAUAUUUUAAACAUUCCAGGCUUAUUUGUUCUCAUUGAAGAUAUCAAUGUACAUCUCGUAGCCAUUCGAUGCCUUUUUCCAUAUCACCACGUGCCUGAAAUGUAAAGAAACGAAAUGUAUUUUAUUCUCACUACAGACAUGAGUUACUGAUUAUAAAGCAGGUAUGUUUAAAUGUGUACAUAAUAAUUGUUAUGUUCUACAAUCCCACUUCUGACACUAUAUAAUGUUUUGCUUUAGCAGCUUAAAUAAAUCACUGCCCAGAGGAGGAUAUAAUGAGAACUC